AUGGCGUCCACGCGCUCCAUUAUAUGGUCACCACACUCGGAUCGUAACCAGUUCCUCGUCAGCGGGAAUGAGUUGAAGCUGUAUGAAUGGAUUCCCGAGACGAUUGGGCAGUCUGGAAAAGCUGUUCUUGUGUCCACCAUACCCAAAAUCACGCUUGUCAUGUGUACUGACUGGUGUCCCGAUCCUCAAAGAUCUGAUUUGAUCGCUGUGGGCUUGACAACAGGCAAAACAGUAUUGGUGCGCAUGCAAGAUCAUAUUCAAACCGAUUAUCCAACAUCCGCUGCUGAUAGUCCACAAUCACCUCUUUAUCGCAACACUUCACGUCCUUCCAUAUCAUCAUCAUCAGCAACAGCAGCAGCAGCAGCAGCAUCCAUCACUAAACCGUAUCCUGUCCUUGGUGUCAAAAUGUCUCGUCCUUGCAAUGUCGUAUCAUUCUCUCCCACCCAUCCACAUCUAUUGGCUGCUGGUCUCGAUAAAGUGCGAAAUGAUCCUUGUCUUUUGGUGUGGGAUAUCUCACAAGCUGUGGAAGCUUCAUCCGCUGGACCACAAACACCUACGACACCUUACUAUCGACCUAGUAGUGCACGCUCAACGAGUGGAUUCAGUGAAAGAGAUGUCUUUUUCUCAGAUAAAUCGCGAUACACAAAUCCGUAUGGAAGCCAAGCAGAGCAUGUGGGAACUUCUUCAUCUACCAGCAGUCGAGAGCAACGACCUAUUCAGCAAUAUGGAUCAUCAGAGGCAAUUGCCUCCUGUGCCUGGUCGAGUCAUUUGGGAGCACCGUUGCUGGUGGCUGGUAUGGGAAACAAGUAUCUACGAGCCUUUGAUAUUCGAGUGAAUUCAAAUGCAACGCCGCUCCAGUUUGCUACCAAAGCAGUUUAUGGCACGACCGUGGAUCCUUUCAACCCUUAUCGAGUGGCUUCCUAUACUGAAGAAGGCGUUGUCAAACUCUGGGAUCUUCGCAAGACCAACGAUCCUAUAUCCUUUUCAUGUUGCUUUUUGCUUUUUCACUUUUUGCAUGAUUAUUGA